AUGUGCCUGCCAAUCCACAACACAGACUACAUCUCUGGGGAGUCCAGGAAGCUCAGCACUGCAGAACGCUGCCAAUUCACAGCAACCAUGAGUACGAGUACUGAUGAGCUCAAGGAGAGGCUGGAACAGCUGAGAUGUCAUUUUACGUGGGCAUUGCUAAUUGAAGACAGUGAAAUACCUGAUUUAGAAAGCCGUAUCUUGGAGGAAAUUGAGUUCCUAGACAUCAAACACAAGGUGGGAAUACACAACCUGCUAGCCUACAUGAAACACCUGAAAGGGCAGAAUGAGGAAACCCUGGAGAGCUUGAAAAAAACUGAAGAAUUGAUCCAGCAAGAACAUGCUGACCAAUCUGAUUUGAGAAGUCUGGUUACCUGGGGCAACUAUGCCUGGGUAUAUUACCACAUGGGAAGAUUGACAGAAGCCCAGACUUACCUGGACAAGGUGGAGAACACUUGCAAGAAGCUUGGAAGUCCUUUCUGCUACAGGAUGGAGUGCCCUGAGAUGGACUGUGAAAAAGGAUGGGCCUUGCUGAAGUGUGGAGGGCAAAAUUAUGAGCAGGCCAAGGCCUGUUUUGAAAAGGCUCUGGAAGUGGACCCUGAAAACCCUGAAUUCAACACUGGAUAUGCAAUUACCAUUUAUCGCCUAGAUGGCUUUACCAUGGAAACAGACAGAAAUGGGAUUUCUCUGGAACCCCUAAGGAAGGCUGUGAGGCUAAAUCCAGAAGACGUAUACCUUACAGUUCUCCUUGCCCUGAAGCUUCAGGAUGUAGGACAAGAAACUGAAGGAGAAAAGUACAUUGAAGAAGCACUGACCAGCAUGUCCUCCCAGAUCUAUGUCUUUCGAUAUGCGGCCAAGUUUUACCGAAGACAAGGCUCUUUGGAUAAAGCUCUCUCCCUCUUAAAGAAGGUCUUGAAAGCAACACCUACCUCUGCCUUCCUGCAUCACCAGAUAGGGCUUUGCUACAGGACACAAGUGAUCCAAAUGAAGACAGCUACAAAUAGGCAGCCAAGAAGGCAGGAUAGAGAAACCCAUGACAGAAUAAAAUCAGCCAUCUAUCAUUUGGAAUAUGCUGUGAAACAAAAGCCCACAUUUGAUGUUGCUUAUGCACACCUGGCAAGUAUAUAUAUAGAAAUAGGUGACUACAGAAAAGCUGAAGACACUUUUGAAAAAGCGCUAAGCCUCAAAUCAUUAGAAGAAUCAAAAAUGCAAAAGCUACAUUUUCACUAUGGCCGAUUUCAGGAAUUUCAAAAGAAAUCUGAAGUCAAUGCAAUUAUCCAUUAUUUAAAAGCAAUAAAAAUAGAAAAGGCAUCAGCUGUAAGGGAUAAAGCUAUCAAUUCUUUGGGGAAAUUGGCUUUAAGAAGAUUUCAAAGAAAUGCAUCAGAUGUGGAAAGUUUGAGCCUCCUAGGGUUCAUCUACAAAUUGAAAGGAGAAAUGAAUGAAGCCCUGGAACACUAUGAGAGGGCCCUAAAGCUGGCUACUGGCUUAAAACUCUGA